GGCACCGCUCAAAACCUACAUCGCGAAGACCUACGGCGAUCCCGAGAAGUACAAUGAGGAGUGCAACACGUUGAACCGGUUACGGCAGGAUAUGAGGGGCGCGGGAAAGGAUUCAUCGGCCGGGAGAGACCUGCUGUAUCGCUACUAUGGGCAGCUGGAGCUGCUGGAUCUGAGGUUUCCGGUCGAGGAGAGGGGCGUUAGAGUCAGUUUUACAUGGUACGAUGCCUUCACACACAAACAGACCUCACAGUACUCCCUCGCCUUCGAAAAGGCGUCCAUCAUCUUCAACAUCUCCGCCGUCCACUCAUGUCAUGCCGCAAACCAGAAUCGUGCGGAGGAGCUCGGCGUGAGAACGGCGUACCACUCGUUCCAGGCCGCCGCGGGAAUGUUCACGUAUAUAAACGAAAAUUUCCUUCACGCACCGUCAACAGACCUUAGUAGAGAAACCGUAAAAACACUCAUUAAUAUUAAUCUGGCCCAGGCUCAGGAGGUGUUCUUGGAGAAGCAGAUUGCGGAUGGGAAGAAGAGCGCCAUGCUGGCAAAGCUGGCUGCUCAGGCGGCGUUGCUUUAUUCCCAGGCGGUCGAGGGCUUGCAGGAGACUUCGCUGAAGGGUGUGUUUGACAAGUCUUGGAUGACGAUGUGCUUGGCCAAGCAAGAUUAUAUGGAAUCCCUGGCGCACUUCCUGCAGGCGAUAGCCGACUGUGAUCAUUCGAACUACGGAUUAGCGAUUUCUCGUCUCCAGCUCGCUGAUGCACUCGGCAGAGAAGCGGUUCGCCAAGCGCAGAUGUUCCCCGGAAACCCAUCAGCCAACGCCAACCUCUCCCCCGAGACGGGCCCGGCAUUGAUCCAGAUCACCAAGCGUCACCUCGGACUCGUCCACGAGAGGCUCGACGAAUUGGUCAAAGACAAUGACUUCAUCUACCACCAGAACAUCCCUUCGGAAUCUGCCAUCCCAAACAUUCCCAAAAUGCCGGCUGCCAAAGCGAUCCCCGUGCAGGAGCUCUACCAGGGUCAGGAUAUCAGCCGGAUCAUUGGCCCGGAUAUCUUCCAGAAGAUUGUGCCCAUGAGCGUGACGGAGAGUGCUUCGCUGUACGAUGAGGAAAAAGCGAAGCUCGUGCGCGCAGAGACGGAAAAGGUGGACCUGGCCAAUGCGGAGAUGGUUGCAGCGCUGGAUUACCUCAAACUACCAGGCUCGUUGAAGCUCCUCAAGAACGGAUUUGCGGAUACCGUCGAUGUGCCCGACGAGUUCAAGGACUGGUGUGCUGACAUGGCAAGCAAGCCGGAGGGCCUGGAGCUGCGGUUCACGAAUUUGAAAGCGAGUAAACGUAAGAUCAAGGAUAUCCUAGAGGCAUCAUCAAAGAGCCUUGAUCAUGAAGAGAGCGUGUGCGAGAGGAUGCGUGCAAAGUUCCAGGACGAGUGGACACAGCAACCAUCCAGUCGACUCACUCAAACGCUCAGAGGUGACAUCAGGAGCUACGGAGAAGCCAUUGAUGCGGCUGUGCAGAGCGAUAACCAACUGUGGACACAAUACAAGCUGGUCCAGAAUGAUAUCAUCGAAAUGAUCAUUGCCGGCCAGAGCCCGGACGGUAUGGCGGUGGAACAGCUGUGGGAUAGCCGAGUGGCAAGGGCGAACCUUGAUGCGGGCGGUAGCACUAGUGGGAAUAAUGGUCCUAGCUCAGAGUCACUGCUCGACGUGGAUGAUGGCGAAGGUGGUCCAAGUGUGAUGGAGCAGAUUGUACGGGUGGAGGAUCUACUCAAGAAACUGAACUUGAUCAAGAGGGAGCGUGCGCAGGUGCUGAAGGAUUUAAAGGAUAUUGUCCACAACGACGACAUCUCCAACGUCCUAAUCCUGAACAAAAAAGCUGUUCAGAACCAUGAAAAUGCGCUGUUCGCCAAUGAGCUCGAAAAGUUCCGACCGCACCAGAACCGGCUGCUCCAGGCGGCCCACAAGCAGUCAGCGCUGAUGAAGGACUUGACCGGUGCGUACGGGGACCUUCUCCAAGACAAGCGGAUCCGGUCGGAACAGUCGAGAUACGAGGCGCUCUCCCGCUCACGCAACGCGAUACUAUCGAAGUUCAAAAAGUCGUACCAAGCGUACCUCGAUAUCUGCAAAGGCCUUGAUAAGGCACGGCAAUUUUACUCCGAGAUGACGGAGACCACCCAGAGUUUGGAAAAGAACGUGGAAACGUUCGUCAGCAAUCGGCGCAGCGAGGGAGCCAUGCUGUUGUCUCAAAUCGAGAACCAAAAGGGCACGGACGCUGAAUUACAGCAGAGGAGAAUCAAGGAUAUGAUGGAGAGAAUGACGUUUGGGGGUGGAGGAAACUCUCCUGAUCCGAAUAGGCCGCCUGCCAAUCACCAUUCUGCCUUGCCCACACCGCACACCAUGAGUCCUCCUACAACACCGCGAUAUCCUCCUCAACACCAGCAGUACCCAGUCCUCCACAACGCGCCGACGCCACCACCCCCGCCCCCGAGCAACCCUCCUGCAUCCGCCGGCUUCGCCCCUGCUGGAUUCGGCCAGUACCAGGUGCACCCCUCGCACAACACUGGCCGGCGAGAGUCUCAUGGCCAACUUCCGGGUCUUGGCCAGCGCUCCGGAUCCUAUGCGACCCACCAAUCAGCACUCCCAUCCCCGGGCUUCGCGCCCCCCAACUCACAAUACUACCAGGGCCACUACCAGCAACCCAAUGCCUACUCCGCUCCGCCAACUGCAUACCAAGCCCAACCUUACAACCCGAGCACAUAUGUCCCGCCGCCGCCGCCGCCGGGCCCACCGCCAGCUCGACAGACCUACGGUGCGCCGCUGCCGCAGACUACGUAUCAGCCCACGCAGAUGCCGCCGCCGCCGCCUGGUCAGCCAGGCACCGGUGAUCCGUUCGCGGGUCUGUCGGGGUGGAAGUGAUAUUUUUUUCUUUCUUUCGGUUUUUGGUUUCUUGUCUUGUCUUGGGGGGGGGAAGGGGGGGGGGGGUAGAACGGAUUGUACGUAGCAAGCUCGGAAAGUAAACAUGGUUGGAAAUGAGGGAAAGGGACCAAAGGGACGAAAGGGACG